CUACUACUACGGCUACUCCUAGAGAUUGUGUCUCUCCCCCCGCCUUCCCGUCAUUUAUUUUAAUGCUGCGGCCGGCUGUCGGGACUCGUUUGCGGGGGCGGAGGGAUACGCACGCGAGGGCGUGAGGUCGAGGAACGUUCGCCUCCUGCCGUUGGGCGCGGGAAGAGAGGGGAGGGGGCGGCGACUCAGCCCGGGGCGGAAGGAGACGGACACAGCCAAGAGCUGAAAGGUCGCAACGCCAGGUCCCCUCCCCCUCGUCGCCAUGGCUGACCAGCUGACAGAGGAGCAGAUUGCAGAGUUCAAGGAGGCCUUCUCCCUCUUCGACAAGGAUGGCGACGGCACUAUCACCACCAAGGAACUUGGCACAGUUAUGCGCUCCCUGGGGCAGAACCCCACGGAGGCUGAAUUGCAAGACAUGAUCAAUGAGGUGGACGCUGAUGGGAACGGCACCAUUGACUUCCCAGAAUUCCUCACUAUGAUGGCCCGGAAGAUGAAGGACACAGACAGCGAGGAAGAGAUCCGCGAGGCCUUCCGGGUCUUUGAUAAAGAUGGGAACGGCUAUAUCAGCGCUGCAGAGCUGCGUCAUGUCAUGACCAACUUGGGCGAGAAGCUGACAGAUGAGGAAGUCGACGAGAUGAUCCGGGAAGCAGACAUAGACGGGGACGGACAAGUCAAUUAUGAAGAGUUUGUACAGAUGAUGACUGCCAAAUAGGAAGAGCAACUGCUGCCCCUCCCCUUCCCUGUACAGAAUGGAAGGACUGCUUACCAUAGAGAUCUCACCCAGCCCCGUCUGUUUGGCACUCACGCUCCAUUGACGCUUUAGCGGUUUGUGGCCAUUCUUCACCAUCUCCCCCCCCUCCCCACAGAUUGUGAACCCUCCUGCCCCCCCUUCCCCAUGUUUACACGCUAGCACUCAUGGAGGGUGCAGCUGGGACUGGGAAGAGCUGGGUGGGGAGGGGUAAAGCGGUGCUAAGUUCCUAGCAGUGGGAAGCCGGGAGGGCAGGAGCUGUUGGGGGGGGGGGUGUCCUUCCUCCUCAUUGGCUCCAUUCCUGGCUCGCACCUGCUCGUUUGUCCAAAGGCCAUGUCCCAGCCAGCGCGUAAUAUUUGCAUCCCGUGGACUGUCCUGUUCAGCUGACUGCAGUUGUCUUCCUGGGAGUAUCUGCAUAUUUUGGGUAUAUUGUAACUGUUAACUUCCUAAUAAUUGCCAUGCCCUCCCCCUUUCCCCUUCCUUCCCAGUGGCUUCAGGGAAUGCUUCUGUUCCAUUCCAGGUGGUGUAAGGUUUCUUCUUUUCUCUUUUUUUUCCAAUAAAGUCUGUGUGUUUCAAAA